CAUAACAUCACUAGAAUAUGCCGCAUGGCUGUCGUGACGUCACUGUAGUUUGCGUUACAAUAUCCGUGCCACGUAUUUUUGCCGUUUGAGUAUUCUACAAAAGUCGCACGAGCAACAAUUAGUUUAAUGUCUUUUACUUGCUCGUUUCGUGUGACUUAAGAAGCUUUCGGCAGAAAUGGGAUCGUCUCACAGUGUGGAGAUACCGGGAGGCGGUACAGACGGUUACCAUGUAUUAAAGGUUCAGGAAGGUUCUCCUGGAAAACAAGCAGGACUCGAAGCGUUCUUUGAUUUUAUAGUGGCAAUUGGGAACACUCGUCUAGACCAAGAUAAUGAUACUUUGAAGGAACUUCUAAAGGCUGGUGUAAAUAAAGAACUAACAAUCACAGUGUACAGUAGUAAAACGCAGUCUGUAAGGCGAACAAAAAUUAUACCAAGUAUGACAUGGGGUGGACAGGGUUUAUUAGGUGUUAGUAUACGUUUCUGUUCAUUUGAAGGUGCUAAUGAAAAUGUUUGGCAUGUACUUGAAAUACAUCCAUCAUCUCCUGCUGAAUUAGCCGGUUUACGACCAUUUACCGAUUAUAUCAUCGGGGCAGAUUCUGUUCUCCACGAAAGCGAGGAUUUAUUUACCUUAAUAGAAGCGCAUGAAUCACGACCUCUUAAAUUAUAUGUAUAUAACACUAAAGAUGAUUCCUGCAGAGAAGUGAUUAUUACGCCCAAUAAUGCUUGGGGUGGGGAAGGAAGUUUAGGAUGUGGAAUUGGAUAUGGUUACCUGCACAGAAUACCUGUGAAUUUAUACAUGAAUACUCCGAAGACUGCAAUGCAAACUCAACCAGCAACAACAACAACUACUACCAUUACUGUGGCGGAAAUUAAUCCAAUUGUUAGUACACCAUCUGGAUUACCUAUUCCGCCAAGUUAUCUUGCUCCGGCGGAUAAUUCGAUGAAAAAUUCAAAAAACGACCAAGAAACUGUGUUAACUCAAAGUAUACCUGGACCAAGCAUACAAACUCAACCGGCAACUCAAGUUAAUUUCACUGGUGCUAUCGAUGGUUACACACCGGUCAGUUCAGUCCCUCAUACGUUUCCAAAUCAGACCACUACUAGUUUCACGCCCAGCACUUAUCCAAUAACUCCAAACAUUCCUGGUAUGCCAACUAUCACACCAUUAACAAUGAACGUUGUCAAUCCUUAUGAAGUUUCAACCGGAUUGCCUGGACCAAUUAGUGUUCCAGGACAGCAGAGAGAACAGAAUCCUAUUCAUGGUACGACUACAAUCAAUGUCCCAGUAUUGCAGAGAGAGCCUGUUCCUAGUGCGACCACUAUGGCUACUGGAUUUAAUAUGCCUCAGUCUCACGUUGUGACGACACCCAUUUCACUGCCAGGAAUGCCGCCUAUCACAGUCACCGCCUCUCUCCCGCAGGAUACUCCUUUUUAUCCAUCUGUUCUUCAACAGAAUCAAGUACCAACUGAUAUCAAUACUACUACUGUCGCUCCAACGAUGACGUCACCAACGUCCAUGCAGUAAAGAGUACAGAUCUUUAAAAAUCAAGUAAAUAAAAGAGAAUAUAAUUUGCACUUUAAUAAAACAUAUUUUUAAGCAUGCUGGGCAAGCUAAAUUGGAUUUUUUCGCCC